UCCGGGCUGGUCAUCGGGAUCGGGAGCAGGGCCUGAGUUAAUGUUCACCCACUGACCUCUGACUGCAGGAGCAAAGUCCGGAGCUCGGCAGCUCCGGGGGGAUUUCAGCGGCCCGGGGGGCUCGGCCGGGGGCUCCCUGGGAGCUGAGCAUGUUUCAGACCUUGUACAGCUAUUUCUGGUGGGAACGGCUCUGGCUCCCGGCAAACCUCACCUGGGCCGACCUGGAGGACCGGGAUGGGCGAGUCUACGCCAAAGCCUCCGACCUGUACAUCACCCUCCCCCUGGCCUUCCUCUUCCUCAUCGUCCGGCACCUCUUUGAGACGUACGUGGCCACCCCCCUGGCCGGGCUCCUGAACGUCAAGGAGAAGAUCAGGUUAAAAGCCACCCCCAACGCUGUGCUGGAGAAGUUCUACGCCUCCACCUCCAAACACCCCAAGCAGGCCGAUGUGGAGCUGCUGUCCAAGAGGAGCGGCUGCUCCGUGCGGCAGGUCGAGCGCUGGUUCCGCCGCCGCCGCAACCAGGACCGGCCCAGCCUGCUCAAGAAGUUCCGGGAGGCCAGUUGGAGAUUCACCUUUUACCUUAUUGCUUUCAUUGCUGGCAUGGCUGUCAUAGUGGAUAAACCCUGGUUCUACGACCUCCGGGAGGUGUGGAAGGGAUACCCCAUCCAGAGCAUGCUGCCCUCCCAGUACUGGUACUACAUGAUCGAGCUCUCCUUCUACUGGUCCCUGCUCUUCAGCAUCGCCUCCGACGUCAAGCGCAAGGACUUCAAAGAGCAGAUCAUCCACCACGUCGCCACCAUCAUCCUCAUCAGCUUCUCCUGGUUCGCCAACUACAUCCGUGCCGGGACGCUCAUCAUGGCCCUGCACGACUCCUCGGAUUACCUGCUGGAGUCUGCCAAGAUGUUCAACUACGCCGGGUGGAGAAACACCUGCAACAACAUCUUCAUCGUCUUCGCCGCCGUCUUCAUCAUCACCCGCCUGGUCAUCCUGCCCUUCUGGAUCAUGCACUGCACGGUGGUUUAUCCGCUCGAUCUCUACCCCGCCUUCUUCGGCUACUACUUCUUCAACUUCAUGAUGGUGGUGCUGCAGUCGCUGCACAUCUUCUGGGCCUACCUCAUCAUCCGCAUGGCCCAGAAGUUCAUAACUGGAAAGGUGGUGGAGGACGAGAGGAGUGACCGCGAGGAGACGGACAACUCGGAGGAGGAGGAGGAGGCGGCGAAGAACGGGCCCCUGUCCAACGGCCACCCCGUCCUCAACAACAACCACCGCAAGACCGACUGAGCGCCCCCGACCCAGAGCUGCCACCUCCCGCCGGGACCCCGGAGCGCCCGCCUGGGCCCCGAUUCCCCCCGGAGCAGAUUCCCCCGGAGCGGGGCCGCGGCGCCGGGGCGGCCGUUUGUCCAGCUCACGCUCACCGGCGGUGCCCUUCCUGCCUCUCACCUGCUGCCUUAAUCCACUGUGGUCCCCGGGACAGGCGGGGAUCCCACCGGGAGGGCUCCAUCCCACCGGGAGGGCUCCAUCCCACCGGGAGGGCUCCUUCCCUCCCACAGCCCCUGGGAUCGAUGGGCUCUGCACGAAGAGCUCGGCCCCGGCCCCUCGCUGGGCUGCAGCCUUGUGUUAUUCCCCCUUUCCCAAGCAUUCCUUCACCGGGGAGGGGGAAAAGCCCUUUCCCUGCCCCAAGCCGGGCUCACUCCCUGCUCCACCGCACCGGGAGGGAGGAGCAGGGGAUUCCUGGGUGUUUUAGUGCCUAAAUGAUGGGAUGACACUUGGGGGAAGGAAGCUGCGGGCUUGAGUCACUCUUGGUGUCUCACGGAGUUUAAUCCCCUCAUUUCUCUUCUGUAAAUGGAUUUGGAGUCUCUCCCUCUCCGUGGCCUCUCCCAGUCCCUUCCCCAGCUGUAACAGGACAAACUUCCAAGUGAUUUUCCUUAUUUUUUUUUUUCCUUUCUUUUUUUUUUUCUAUUUAUUUGGAAGACAGAAGGAGCCGGGCUUGGCUCCGUCUCCCGCAUCCGCCCGGGAUGCUGCGAGAGCCCAGCGUGGAGGGGUGGGGGGGGAACAAGGACCAUUAACCAAUGUCAGACCAAAACGUGUUUUGUUGUUCUCUCGUUUUUUAAAAAAAAAAAAGGAAUAAAUAAAAGGUUAAAUAUAUUAAAAGUUAAAAAAAAAAAAAACUAAUAAACUUGGGUAAAAAAAAAACAUAAAAAAGCCGCCCAGGACUGGGGCACGUUCUGUGGGUGGCACCACGGGGCAGAGAGGUUAUUUUGGCACAGAGCUAAAAACGGGCAGCAUUGAGGGGUUUGGUGGUUUUGAUGUUGUUUUUUUUCCCCUCCUCAAAGCUCUCCAAGUGUCCAGGCCAGGCUGGAGCGUGGGUUUGGGUUCCCGAGGAGCCGCCGGGAUGACAAAGCCUCCAUUCAGGUGGACGCUCGGGAUGGAACUGGAGCUCCAGGAGGCCCCAGAAAGGUUUUAUUUUACAAAAAAAAAAAGGGUUAUUUUGCAGGAAAACAACAAACCUCCCUUGUGCAGAGCUGUGUGAGCUGGGGCUGCUGUUGGGAUGGGGGUGGGGGCGGGAUGGAAUCUGCUCCAGGACCCCCCAGAUGGGGGUUUUCCGUGUCAAUAAUGGGAGGUUUGAUCCCAGUUUGCUAAAAUUUGCCUCUUUUAACCAGUUUUCAAGGUGGUUUAUCGAACUUUUUGGAGCUGCCCUGGUGUCCUACCACACCC